CCACCUCAGGCUGUCUUCUGUUGUUAACCUUUAUGCGGCUCACUCUCGCACCUCGCCGCCAUGGACAGCAAAGCAUCAACCUCUUUGGCAAAGUUGCAGAUUUCAAGUUGUGAACCAGACCCGCAAGCGAGCCGCGCAACCACACCUCCCUCCUCCGCAACGCAGGCUGGCCAUCGCUCGGGCCAAUGUUGCCAGCAAUGCGAGGCUCUGAUCCGUGUCAUACGUCGGCCGGCCGGGCCCAGGCGUAAAGUCAACAUAAACGGCAAUCUUGCUGAUGUCUUUUACGGCCGCGAAGACAUUGAGGAGUCGAUCCGAGGUGGUUGUCCGACCUGUCGCAUCUUCUUAGAGGCUGUCCUUCAUUUCUCUCGACACAGAAACGGCUGGAAACCCCCCGAGAGCAUCCGCGUUAAUUGGGCGCCCCGACGAUCAUUCCACUCGUUCCGGCUUACAGUCCAGGCUUUCGGUGACUGGAGCUCCAAGCCGGGCGCCACGGUCGAGCUCCACGCUCCUGAGGAUGUCAACUUGUGUGACUGGCCGCUUAGACCACCGCCCUUCAGCACUUCGACCGCCGCAAAACUUGCCCAGAUUGACAAGUGGCUUCAGCAGUGCCGCAAGAGCCACGUCCACUGCCGUCUUGGCGACGGUGAUGACUCUAGGGAACAGGCAACACCACUGCCAAAGCGCGUGCUUGACAUCUCGUCCCCCGAUGGAGAGAUACGCCUCCACGAGCCACAGGGCACUACCAGCACCGGGCGUUACAUCUGCCUCAGUCAUUGCUGGGGCGAUUCCCAGCCGCUCACAACAAGUCGCUCAACACUCGAGAGCCGGAAACGCGCCAUCCCUUGGGAUACGAUUCCUCCGUCCUUCCAGGACGUCGUUACCAUCACCAGAAAGCUCGGAGUACGUUUUCUUUGGAUCGACAGUCUCUGUAUCAUUCAGGACGACCACAAAGACUGGGCCGAGCAGGCGCCAGCCAUGUGCGCCAUCUACCGCGGCGCCUUCCUGACCAUCGCCGCCACGAGAUGCGAGGGUUGUCACGAUCGCCUCCUUCCUACUCUCGAUCAGCGCCUGUGCGGGACCGACGAGAAGGGAAACCCCCUGGAAGUCGUUCUCCGCGUGGCAUGUCCUCACCUUCGUCACUGGGGCACGGAAUCGGCCUAUUCGUUUCUAGAGCGAGCGUGGAUCUUCCAGGAGCGCUUGCUUUCCAGGAGAGUAGUGCACUUUGGCUUCGAUGAAGUGUUCUGGGAGUGCAUGGAAAGCACCAGCUGUCAGUGUGAUCCUGAGGACGUAUAUGACAUCAAUUUGACGCUACCCAUUAAGUCGAUUCGCUACAGGCAAUCCAACCCUGACGCGGCGGACUCGACAUUGAAGUCCCAGUGGCGAAUCUGGCACGAGAUUGUCGACUUCUACACGCAUCUCCAGCUCACGUACGCUACGGAUCGGCCAGCUGCUAUCCUGGGUUUAGCAAGGGAGAUGGAGCCCCUUCGGAAAGGGCUUUACAUGGCGGGAGUCUGGGAGGAUAACCUGCCCGCUGAUCUCGCGUGGUAUGUUGAUAAGUACCAUGGAAGGUUCAGCAGCAGCAGCAGCAGCCGGUGUCGACCAACAUGGUCCUGGACAUCAAUCAGUUUCCCGUGUUACUACUCACCCUCAUGGGUCGAUGGCGCCGUCGAGGUAGUCGUCAUUGAGUCCCCAGCUCCGCCCGCCAGCAAACCGCACACACAGCAUACCAAUAGCAAGAAGUCACUUGGUGCCAUUACCCUGAGGGGAAGGGUUUUUACGGGCACCUCGGAUACUACAAUGAAUGAUCAGGACAUUUCGGGAAAGGGACCAACGCCGGGACACACCUGGCUGCGCAGGUCCUUCGCAUGCGGUAGUUUCAGUCGAAGAGGAAGGAGAGCAUUUUACAGCCCGGACAUUCCAUUUAACACGCCUUUCCCUCCGGAUGGCCAGCAGGUCUUCUGCCUCGCGAUCGGCUUUGACGCAACAAAGACCCAACAUUUUGACGUGGGCCUCGUACUCCAAUGCGUGGAUGAGGGCGAGCAGCUCUAUGAGCGCCUCGGGAUUGUCCGGGUCGAGGGAGGUGGUGCUGACCCAAAGGAAAGAAGGCCGGGUGGUGGCUUCGACGGCUUUCAUGGGUUGGAGAUCAAGACCAUCACGCUCAUUUGAAGAAGUGUGGAUCACAGUCGGCGGACGCAAAGAUUGCUUAGCACUUAGUAACUUCUACUGAAGCACUCUUUCGAGAAUCGAAGAAGUAUCAAUCGCA